AUGAGGUAUGAAAAUAAGUUGGAUGGUUUUGAAGAAGUUGAAUCCUUUCCCGAUGGCAUAACAUUCUUCAGUUGGAAUAAUUACCCAUAUGAAUCAUUGCCAUUAAGUUUUCCUUCAGAGAGUCUUGUUACACUUGAAAUGUAUCAUAGCAAAGUUAAGCAUUGGAAUGGUGUUCAGAAUCUUAUAAAUUUGAAAUAUGUUGAUCUCAGUUUCUCCAGACACAUGAUAGAGAUUCCAAAUCUCUCAAAGUCCUCAAAUCUUAAGAAAUUGAUUUUAGAAGGUUGUUCAAGUUUGUUGGAGAUUAUUCCCUCUUCUAUUCAAAAUCUCGAUAAGCUUGUCGAGUUGGAUCUAAGCUUUUGCUCAAGGCUUAUUAGCUUACCAGAUGGCAUUCAAGCAAAUUCUAUAGAUCUCAGUUGCUGCUUUGCUCUCAAGAUAGCUCCAAAGAUCUCAUGUAAGGUGAAAAUUUUAAAAUUAGAGGAUACUGCAAUAAAAGAAUCACCCUUCAUCGAACAUCCAUCUGGACUAGUUGAGUUGGAUCUUCAAGGAUGUUCAUCGCUUGAGAAUCUUUCAAGCAGCAUCUGUAAGUUGAAAUUUCUCAAAGUGCUUAAUCUUCAAUGGUGCUCCAAAUUGGAAAGAUUACCCGAUGACUUUGGAGAUUUGGAAGCUUUGGAGAAUCUCUCAUGUGAAAAUACAGUCUUAAAAGAAGUAACAUCAUCCAUUUUAAACUUGCCAAACCUUGAAUGUUUAGACCUAAGUCGAGAUGUUGAUGAACCGGCACCUUUGAAUUGGGUAUUGAAUUGUUCAUCAGGUUCGAGCUCUUUGAUAGAACUUUAUUUGGAUAAUUGUCAAAUGACCAAAUUACCUGACAAUCUUGGACAAUUAUCCUUUCUAGAAACGUUAUCUCUAAGGGGAAAUAAUUUUGAGCGCAUACCAGAAAACAUCAAAUGGCUUUCUAACUUGUACUUCCUAGACAUAAGUAAUUGUCCAAGACUUCAAGUUUUGCCAAAGCUUCCAAUGGGUGUAAGUGUGGUAGCAUCUGACUGCUUAUCCUUGGAAUCAAUAUCAGAUCCAUCAUUUCUAUUGUUACCUUAUUGGAGACCACGGAUAACAACUUUUGCCAAUUGCUUCAAAUUGGAUUUACCUAAAAUUAUUUAUGAGGGAUAUUAUGGAGACUUUUGUGCUAAUAUUUGUUUCCUUGGGAAUGAAGUUCCUAAAAUUCUUCAUGAGGUAUCUCUUUCGAUCCUUUCUUCUGUUUUAUGAUGUUAGUUGUUUUUUAAAAGUAACAGAAAAGAAAAAAUAAAAUCUAAAACUUAAACUAUGUUAUGAGUGAUAA